CCAUAGUCUACUUGAUAUCACAGUCUUCAUGGCCAAUUAAAGGCAUGGCGUUAGUAACUAUUACGAGAGCCAGCUUGGGGAGGACGGCUAAGCUGGGAGCAUUGUACGAUAUAAGGACUGAGACAUUCCUGAAAGACACCUUGUUUGCCUCAAAACUUGAAGAUGAUAUGGUGGAUACCAUGGACCGUGCAGAGACGGUGAUUGAGAUGACAACAUCAGACAGCCUGUUGGAGAAGUGCAAGAAACUCAAUAUAGAAGCUGAACUUGAGGUGAGCGUGGCAACUGGAAUGGUGAAACUUGCUGGUUCUGGAGCAUUCCUCGGAGAUGAACAAACGAGUGCCAGGGCCCAAAGCAUGAGUCUCAUUUACAAGCUGAAGACAGUCAAUGAGGAGGUCAUGUUGAGACAAAACAAAGAUAUUAUCGACAAGGAGAUAUUGUACGAUACGAAGCCUGAUGCAACGCACGUCGUAGUAGGUAUAGAUUGGGGGGCUCAGUGUACCAUCACUUGUGAGUAUCAGAACAUGGAGAAUGUUGAUGUAACCACUGUUAGGGAGGAAAUAAAUGUAGAGCUAGAGAAACUAAAGAAGGUUGUGGAUGCAAAGGGCAUGGUAAAGGUAGAUUUGGAAGAUAAGAUGAAACACGAAAAGAGAAAGUUAGCUUUUAAAUGUAGGGCUGAUGUGUCGUCUCGAGAUAAGAAUCUCCCUGUCACGUACGAGGGAGCAGUUGAUAUUGCCAGGUCUUUACCUUCUCUUGUCGAAAAUACUAACAGUGGCAAAGGGGUCCCUGUCACGUACCAUCUCAUGCCUCUCGAAAAUGUAAGAAAAAAAUGCAAGAUCCAAGUAGGCAUAGAAAACGUAUACAGGGAAAUUGAUGAAGCAACUAUUAGGAGAGCUACUGGGAUCCUGGAAAAGGUGAAGGAGAAACGGCAACAAGUUCAUGAUAUACACCAAGACAUGACUCAUAACUGUGAAUACAUCCCUGAUGAAGCACUUGAGAAAAUUGAUGCGGUUUGGGGGGAGGUCAGAAACAAAGAAACCCGUUUCAAAUUUGAUCUUCAAAAUGUGGUGAAAAGUAUUCGAUCUGGGAAAGGUGACUCAAUUAUUCUCGAAGAAUUUCUGAGUAAGAUUGAUUCUCAUGAGAUUUCGGCUUCAAAUUACGAGAAUGAAUUCACACCAUACCUAAGAAAAGUCAGAAAUAUCAGAUCAAUGUUAGAGAAGGGAAUCAAUUAUAUUGGUAAGAAGGAUGAAUUUGUCAAAGACGGAAAAGAAAACAAGUUUGUUUUCUAUAUUACUAAAUGCGGUAAUAGGGACGCUGUAGAAAAAAAUAGAGUUUACUUCAUGCGCCUUUUAUCCUCUUUAUCUGACGGAGAGACAUGUCAAUUCAUUGUGGCAGACCAAGAAAUUGCACCUAGCAGUGUCUGGCCAGAUUACAUAAAUAAACCAACCAUUGAGAAGUAUGUAAAUGGCAUGCGAACAAGUGAAGACCUUUAUAAGGAAGAGGGCAAAUUCCUAGAAAUGUGCAUGAUCCAAGUUUUUAACCCAGACCCAGAUGCUUACAUUUUCAGAGACAGAACAAUUGUGAAAGUUAAAUGCCCAAAGGCUCUAGCUGAAAACGGAAAUGGUUGUGUUGGAGAUCCAGAUGAAUGGAUUUGUUCAAAUUGUAAACAAACAGUCGAGUAUGUCACAUCGUCAAAGAUGUUUUACUGUAAUUGCGGAAAAUCGAAGCCCAAGAAUUCACAUUUCCGCUGCAAUGACCCGCAUCAUGGUUUGGACUUUGUAAAAUAUCCUGAAGCCAUUCUGCAUGACACCCUUUCCAGACUUGAACCAUUGCAGGAAAUGAACAUCCUUAUUCUGGGAGAGACAGGAGUUGGUAAAUCAACGUGGAUCAAUGGAUUUCAAAACUACCUGACAUUUGCCAAUCUAACUGAGGCAAUGCAGUCUAAGGAAUUCGAUGUUUUGAUUCCAUCUUCCUUCAUUCUUACUAAAGACAAUGAACAAAGAGAAAUUAAGAUAGGAACACGGGAUAACAAUGAAGUGCAGGAAGUAGGAAGUUCAGCGACAAAAGAACCAAAAUCAUAUGUCUUCAAUGUUGGUGACAGGCGACUGCGUUUGAUUGACACACCAGGUAUAGGCGAUACUGGUGGUAUUGAACAGGAUAAAGUCAAUAUGAACAAGAUAUUGUCAUACCUUACGUACUACUCACAAAUACAUGCAAUAUGCAUACUUCUAGAGCCCAAUAAGUCGCGACUUACUCCAAUGUUCCGAUUUUGCAUACAAGAGUUGCUUGUUCAGUUGCACAAUUCUGCCAAGAACAACAUUGUGUUUUGUUUUACGCAUGCUCGACAGACUUUCUACCAGCCAGGCGAUACCCUGCCUGCUCUUAAUAAAGAGCUCGAGAAUAGAAAUGUUGGGAUCCAGGUAACAAAGGAUAAGUACUUCUGUUUUGACAACGAACCUUUUCGGUUCCUGGCAUGCAUAAAGAACGGGGUCACGUUCAAUGAAACAGAUAUAGCCACUUAUGCGUCUAGUUGGGACAGGUCUGUAGAAGAAACAAUGCGUCUUCUAAAGUACGUCGAAUCCGAGCUGACGCCCCACAACGUCAAAGAAACCAUUGGCAUGAAUGAGGCUAGGAGAAUCAUCCUUACCAUGGGGAAGCCCCUAGCUGAAGUAGCAAACAUAAUCGAUCGUAAUGUACAGGCAGCAAGGGACACCACAGCGACUAUUUCUCAUGACAAUUUUGCAAUCUCUUCUUUGAAAAAACAUCUGAAAUUCAAAGGAUACGAUGUGAUAAGACAGGAAUUAGACUAUCCUCGGACAGUAUGUGCCUCCCCUGAGUGCGUCAGCUAUGUUCCAGUUGGCAACAGAAGGAUACAGAACACAGUAUAUAACACGAUCUGUCACCCCCACUGUUAUCUACCUGAUAUACCAAUUGAAACAACGGGCAAUGCACAACUACACAAUUGUAAGGCAAUGACAGUUGGUACAUGUAAUAACUGUAAGCACAGUUACAUGGAGCAUAUGCAUCUUACUUAUGACUUAAUCACGACAGAAACGGAGUUUCUAUCCCAAGAGAUUCAGAGUGAAAUAAAUGAAAUUCGCGGCAAGAAAGUCGUUAAACAAGCUUUGAUAACUAAAAUAGAAAACAAGAUUGAAGAACUUAAGGCCGAAGAAAAGGUCAUCGUGGAAAUUGCAGCAAAGUUUGGCUCUUUCCUUAAGGCAAAUGCUAUAAUCCCAUACAACGACGCAGUGGACGACUACCUGGAUAUGUGCAUAAAGCAAGAGGAAACAAAACCAGGCAUGCUGCGAAACACAUUGGAGCUGGAUACCAUGAGAAAAAGAAGGGUAGAAUAUAACAAACAGAGAGAAAUCCUUGACGUUGCCUUAAAGAAUGGAGCUACGGAAAAUAUAACGGAACCGGAACAGGUAAAACAGCUUCAAGAUUACCUCUUUAAACUUCAACAUUUUGGAGGUACUCUAAAGAAGUUUUUCGAAGAAAUUUCCUUUGAGAACACGACAAGAAAUCUUCCUUUCGGUGAGAAGAUUGUACCACCUCCAAACUGGACAGAAGACAAGACUGAUACCAAAGUUCAGAAGAAAACAGGUCUUGUAAGACGCUUAGGGAAUCUUUUGUUUAGGCGGCAUUAAGGAUCCCCCAAAGAAAGAGAGAGAAGGGAGGGGGGGGGGGGGUUACAGUCAUGUGCUUCGAAGUGGCAAUGAAUGCAUAAUGACAAUCAUGAAAGUAUAUGUUAUCAAACAUGUAUCUCGGGAGUAUAGUAGAGUCAGCAAGGACAUUCGAGAUUCGGGAACUGGGGGGGGGGGGGGGGACAUGAUGCCCCCCUCAACGCUUCGCGUGAUAUUUCCUAAACGCAAAAAGAUAGCGCUGCAAAAUUUAAUGACUAUUUUUUUAAGUCUCGCGCAACUUUUGAGACCAAAUUCAUGACAUACGGGUACAGCAUCGCGACGCCACAUGACUUUUUACGAGACAAUGUCAAACCGAAAAUGGCUAAUUUUUAUACUUUUUGUACAAAGUCCAUGGGAGAUGUAAUUCAUAAACGGGUGUUGACUUUUCAUUCUAAUUGGUCUGCUUGAUUGACUUUGAUUUAAUCAUUAAAUGGUCUGUAAUAAUUUCCAUUGAUUAAACAACG